AUGGGCUCCUUUUAUGGUUGUUUGGCUGAUAGCCAACAACAAUACAAGAAGUCGUUGAUGAAUCCAAUCAAUAUUGGUAUUUUUGGUUGCACUGGACGCGUUGGGAGAAGAUUAUGCGUUUUGACAGAAGAACAUCCAGAGCUCACUUUGUCGGUCGCACUCUGUCAUGAACUUGUUGGAAAGCCACUCUACGAAGUGGAAUCGCAAAUCCCUAAAAGUUGCUCCUUGGUCGUCGUAUCUCCUACAGAUUUGGGAAAAUUGGCCGUCAAGCCAGAUGUGAUUGUUGACUUCUCAGCCCCCGCUGGAACAGUGACGUGCGUUCGACAGGCAGCGACUCUUGGAAUCCCGAUGGUGAUCGGCACAACUGGAUUGAAUCCUGAUCAAGAGGCAGUUAUUAGGACAGCCAGUCAAAAAAUUCCCAUUAUUCAUGCAAUGAACUUUUCACUGGGCGUCAACCUUCUGGUUCAAGUUGCAUCAACUGUCGCAGCAGCUUUGGGGGAGGAUUUCAAUAUCGAGAUUGUUGAAGCGCAUCACAAUAAAAAGGUCGACGCGCCAAGUGGAACAGCACUGGCACUAGCUGAUUCAGUAUGCCAGGCUUUGGGGCGCUCCCGUGAAGACCUUGUUCAAGGCCGAGAAGGGAUUGUAGGCAAACGCUCAACUCGCGAAAUUGGUGUUCACGCCCUGCGUAUGGGAAGUGUUGUUGGAGAUCAUACCGUUCACUUUGGCAGCGAAUUCGAAAGAAUCGAACUGACGCAUCGGGCGCAAAAUAGGGACGUUUUUGCGUCUGGGGCCUUGAGGGCUGCGCGGUGGUUGGCAAAUAAACCGCCAGGGAUGUACACAAUGGCUGAUGUGCUUUUUAAUCAAUCUGAGAAAUCAGAAAACUGA